CCUCCAUCAAAUUUAUUGCAAGAAAACAAUGGAUUGUGGCUGGGGCAGAUGAUGGUAUCGUUUAUGUGUACAAAUGUGUCUCUGGAACACACAUGAAAAAGAUCAAGAGUUUCCAUGCUGAUUUUCGUUACAUUAUCCCCCUAGCCGUUCAUCCAAUCCAGCCGUGUGUGCUGUCAUCGGGGAAGCUCUGGGACUGGAACAAGGCCUGGAAGUGCACACGAACAUUUGCCACUAGCAGCGUUAUAUUUCAGGUCAUGUUUAACCAAGAGGACACCAAUAGUUUUGCGGCUGCGUUGCAAGAUGGCACAAUAGAGGUUUGGAGCCUCGAUUCUCCUGUACGAAAUUAUACUCUGUCGGGGCAUUUGGACCAAGUGAACUGCCUUGACUUUUUCAGACGUGAUAAUCGUCAGUAUUUGAUCACUGGCUCUAAUGAUUGUACUGCCAAGAUAUGGGACUUGCAGAAAAUGGCCUGCAUUCAUACGGUCGAAGCUAUCAUGUCACCAGUUAUUUUUGCCAUUUCCCUUCCCGGUCGUCCAUAUCUGGUUACAGCUUCAAAACAUAGAACUGUCCAAGUGUGGAGCUCCACUGAUUUCAGGCUCGUGAGGACCGUUAACCUACAGGCUGGUGGACCUGUUCGUGGUCUUGUAUGUUUGAUGGGUUCAAGGAGGGUUGCUAUUGGACAAAGCAAUUCAUUAUCGAUCAUGGAAAUCGACGAUGAAGAAGCAGUUGCUAGCGAGGGCAACAAAUGAGAAUACCAUUGCGUGCAAGGAAAUCCAUGAUCUCUGUGCCAACAUGGUUGAUCGAUGAAUUCUUUCGAUUUGGUAUUAGUGGAUACACAUUUAUAUUGUUGACUCCGUUUUAUGCUAAUGCCCGGGGGUAGAGAAACUAUGAUGUGCUCUAUCUAUCGUUUCCCUUAUCUGAUUCUAUCUUUUGAAGAUGAUCUGUUUCUGUCAUUGUAUUUGAUUUACC